GAUGUGAAUGGAUCCAAAAAUAAGUGAAAGGGAGGUGGUACUUUGAGAGAAGGCAAAGAAAGGUAGUCUUGUGGCUAUUGUCAGGCAAUUCACUCUGAGAUGGAUCAGACCCAAUUGUCCAUCCAUAGAUGCAAUGUAAUGUUAAUAGUCCCCACACCCUCUCUUUAUAGGUCCCACCAUACCCUUCUCCAUUCAACUUCUCUUCUUCUUCAAUUCAAUUCACUUCACAACUCACACUCACUUAUUUUUCUCUACUUUCUACAACUUCAAAACACACACACACACACAAAAACAUAAAAACACUUCAAUUCACACUCAAAAUUAUUCUCUCUAAUUAGCUUCAUGGACAAAAAAAACAUUGAAAGAGAAACACAUGACUUAAUGAAUGUUGAGUCAUUCUCCCAACUUCCCUUCAUCCGCCCUCCACCCACCAUCAAAGAAAAAGGCAUCCGUCUCUUCGGCAUCGAAUUCGGCGCCACCACGGAAGAUAACAACGAUGACUCCGAGUCGCCGGAAACAACUACCAACAACAACAUUAACACAUUUGAAGUUGAAAACAAUAACAAAGACAACAACAAUGAAAACAAUAGAAGAUUUGAAUGUCAUUAUUGUUGUAGAAACUUCCCAACUUCACAAGCUUUAGGUGGUCAUCAAAACGCACACAAAAGAGAACGUCAACAUGCUAAACGACAACACCUUCAAUCAACUAUGGUACAUGCUACUACUUUCUCUGAUCCACAUCUUUAUCAUCAUCAUCAUCAUCAACAACAACAACAACAACAUCCUCUUUAUAGAUUCACAUCAUCAUCACCAUCAUCAUUAUCAUCAUCCCCUUCUUAUCCAACAUGGAACACAAACUCAUCUAAUUCAGCUGGUGCAAGAUUUUAUAGCCAUCCAACUUCUUACUCUCAUCAACAACCUAUUAAUGGUAGUCCUUUAGCUUUUUGGCGUAUUCCGAAUAGCGCCGUUCAGAGUAACCCUAGUUUCAACCAUGAACGCCCUCUACCUAUGCUUGCUUCCAAGGAAAGAGCGAAUUCGUCGCACGGUGCUCAUGGAGUAUCUUCUUCUUCUUCUGCUUCCCAUAAUCGCUAUGUUUAUGACUCUAAACGUAGCGACCAUGUUAGUUUGGAUCUUCAUCUCUAAAUUAUAUAACCAAUUUUGGUUAUAUAAUAAUAGAUGAAAAUCCUAUUUAUUAUAAAUUAAGCUUGGUAAUAACAUGUUAAUUAUUCAUACAUAUAGUAUUAGUGUCAGUCAGCAAAAUAACUUAUGAAUUGAUUCAACUAAGCUACUUUGAGCAGCUUUGAGGAGUAUAAUAUAUAUAUGAAAGAUGAGAGAUUUCUUCCCUUUA